CGUCAUCCUGCUUCUCAGUUAUGCAAGGCCAUCCCAAACGUCGAAUUUAGGAGCCUAGGAAGUUCGUCCCUAAGAUAGAACAACAUGCGGCUCAACGUACUAUUUGCAUCUGCAACCCUCGCGGCAGCUCUCCCAUACAUUCCUAGCCCCAAAGAGAAGCAAUCUCGCGACCAUGCCAUUCUCAAAGCCUUGGCUGGCACAUAUUCCCUUGUCAAUACAAGCAGCUCUUUAAAUGGCGUGAAAAUCCCCGACGAACCCUACGGUGAACACCCCGUCGGCAUCCUCACUUACUCCGCUAGCGGUUGGAUGAGCGCAACUAUCACCGCGACAGAACCUUGGUUACGCCCCAACCUCACGUUUCCCUUCCAAGCCAACGACACAGACAGGGACUGGGCGCUCGUUGGAAAGCACGGAAUUGGAUACGCAGGACCAUUUCGUAUAAGCGACGCUAUCCCAGCAAACGAGACAGACGGCCAAGUAUUCCAUGGACCACUUACAGUCGCCAAUGUACCGACUUGGGUGGGUGCCAAUCAUAGGAGGAACUAUACGAUUAUCGAACGAGAAGAGGAGGGAAAGGUGGCAAAAUAUCUGAAAAUCGGAAGUGAGAGGGGUGGGGGCUAUAGGGGUGUUCUUUUAUGGAAGCGGGUUGAUUAGAUGUAGAGAGUAGAAAUGAGC